UGCGCGUUCUAAAAUUAAAUCGUGUAUUUUAACAUUUUCGGUGUGAAUGACCAAAUAAGUAGCAGAAUUUAUUUUAAUCCAGUAUACCAGAUUUCAAAAUUCAGUGGCUGACGCUAAAGCGCCAUCCCAAAAAAAAUACAUCCUUGACUAUCUGCACAUGUGGCAACCAUGCUUUUUAUGAUUUUCACAACAGCUGAGCGCAGUUUCAACAUAUUAGGUCAGUCGGCAACGACAUUAUUUCGACGUCAUAGCUAUCAAAAUAAAGUAGCACCAACACGCGAGGGCGCCCGUUUAAUUGUACGCCGCCUGCAAAAGACCGUAUUGCGCGUCCUGCGGGAUCCGCAAAUAAAUUUCGCCAUGUCAAAGACAGCUUAUCAACAGAAUCAGGAGAAGGAGCCACCGGUUGAGGAAACUCAGUUUGCCCAGCAUAGGAAGAACAAGCAGGAGAAUAAUUGCCGCACCUGCAACGAUUUCAAGUCAUGGUCUAAGCAACAGCGCCUUAUAUCCAAUACACAAGCUUCAAAGGAAAAACACAUGGCUGUCGCUGAGAAAUUAACGGUGAAUGCGAACAAUGUGGCGCCUCGUGAUGAUUGCCCGUUGGACAAAGUGCGUCUUGGAAUAUCCACGUGGGGUCUGCUCCAUACCAUGGCCGCGUUUUACUCUGAUAAUCCGACGGAUAAUGAGAAACGAGAUAUGAAAACGUUUUUUGAAGUGCUUUCUCGUCUGUAUCCUUGCGAGUACUGUGCCAAAGACUUUCGCAGCGACUUAGACGUGAAUCCGAUCAAUGUCAACUCGCAGAAGGAGCUAGCCAUGUGGCUUUGCAAGUUCCACAAUCGAGUGAAUGACAAGCUUGGAAAGCCACUAUUUGACUGCAGUAAAGUGAACGAGCGGUGGCGCGAUGGCUGGUUAGAUGGUUCCUGUGAUUAGAUCUACAUAGACCGAAUAGUCCAUUUAUAAUACUAGCCCCCCACAUUAUUAUUCGACAGUUGCACGGCUUAUCGAAUUUCAUCAUCACAGUAUCAUAAUUACCAUUAACUACCCGCUCCAGUAGGAAAAACUGCUCCCAUUGUUGUCCAACAUUUUUUGGCGUCAGCUACGCCAAUUACAAUAGUAGCAGCAAAACUAUAUAUCAUCAUCGAACAUAGACGUCAUUCCCACCUAAAUGAACGACCUAACGCCCUCGUUAGCGCCAUGAAAUUGUAAUUGUUUACGUUUAAUCCUGUGCUCCGUUUCCUUUUUCUUAUCCAUGUUUGAGCUUAAGCAUUGCUUUACCCAUUGGUCGGCGCUGAAAAAAGUCAAGCCAGAGGCACGUUGAAAAUCUGUUAGAUGAUGAAAACAUAACGAGCUGCAUUUCAAAAACUAAAUUUCGUAUCUGCUGUGUAUUAUACUAUACUGUUAAGAAUGUGGAAUGCCAAAAAAAAAGAAUCAUUGUUGUUAUUGCCGCAGACCGCAAACUUCACAAUAACUUUACAUUCACACAUAAGUAUGUAUGUGUACGUGGUUGCCUUUCACAGCGGAUUUUUCUUAUCUGUUAGCUGCGAAUAAGCCAUAAGACAAGCACAUUAGAAUUUAGCAUUUAAGAUAUACAUAAAUAGCAGUUAUGGGGCUAUUUCAUAAACUU